UGAUUUAAUAUGCAAUUCUAAAUAUUUGUAGAAUAUAUGUAUAUUGAAUGUUUAAAGUUAGAGACGAUACUUGCGAUGGAAAAUAACGGAAACUAUCUAUAACAGUUAAGUAUGGCUAGCUACGGUGCAGUACCUCAGUUACCAAGAAUUGACACCGGGUAUGACGCCCCGGGGAGCGACUACAUGUCUUCUUUCCGAGGACAUUCAAAAAUUGGAGCCGUUGACACAGGGUCUAUUACAAGUAGUACAAUAGAGAAAAAACGUUUCCGGAAUUCGGCGUCCAGUGACGGUUCGUUUAGACUUGGAAGCAGUCACCGCAAAAGUGGUAAUCGUCGCUCAAAACAAUACUCUAUAUCCAGUAAACGUAAUGACGAUAACAGUUCAGAAAGUUCAAAACGAACAUCUGACGAGGGUUAUUAUUUAACCGUACGUGAUCAUACAGUUCCUGUAGUACAAAAGAGAAGGACCAGUUUGGCGGAUGCUAAAUCUCUUACUGAUCUCUGUUACUCUAAGAUAAGUCCUUUAAAAAAGGCAAACAGUGCUACGUAUAGACGAAUGUCAAUAAAGGGUUCUGCUAAAGGAAUUAAUAGAUGGGAACCACCGCGUAUUAGCAGCGAAUGUUACAAUGAAUCAAAGGAAAAAUGUCUGAGUGGCGGGAAAUUUAAACAACAGAUGCAGAAAUAUUUCAAUGAAGUGAAACAAUGGUGGGAGGAGAAAUCCGACAGUGAUGAUGAUGGUUAUGAUACAGAUUUAGAUAAACAACUUGGUUUCGAUCUCAUAGCGGACGAGAAAUCACGAGAGGUUUUGAAUGACGGUCAAUUUCCGGAAUACAAGCAUGAUUGUCGUAAAUUUCGAAGUAAUGUGAAUACAUAUUUCCUCCGGCAUUGUCUUGAUGAUGACAUGUACAUGAAACAUAGAUACCUCAGUAAAGGAGAUUCAAUAACAAUUUCUAACUUUAUCAAGAAUCACCUGACAUUUAACACGCUUGAUCUUGAAGAUAACUAUAUAGGGCCUCACGGGAUGAAGUAUUUUAAAGAGGUUCUCCAUGAAAAUAAACAUCUUACAGAAAUGUACCUGGGAUGUAACAAUAUUGGACCACAAGGUGCAAAAUACCUUCGCUCGUCAUUAUCAGGAAACUGUUUUCUUCUGAAACUAGAUAUUUCAGAAAAUAACAUAGGCGAUAAAGGUGCAAAAUACAUCGCUGGAAUCAUCGAGGACAAUGUGACAUUGAAGGAGCUUAUACUAGCGGCUAACGAUAUCGGUGAUGAUGGUGCCACGCUAAUCAGCAAAGCUUUGGUAAAUAAUGUCUCCCUGAAAUUACUAGAAGUUGGAUGGAAUAACAUAAGACUGAAUGGUGCUCUAAACUUAUGCUCUGCUUUAAAGAAAAACACAGAACUUGAGAUUUUUCUGGCAUCUAUGAACGGUUUCGGGGAGGAAGGUGGAAAAGCGCUCGUGACAGCCUUGACGGAGAAUAGUGUCAUCAAAGAAAUUGAUCUUUCAAGUAAUAGAAUAACGGAUUCUGUCCUAACUUACCUUACACGAUCGUUAGAUGAACUGCCCAACCUUUCAGUUAUAAAUAUGGCAAACAAUAUCCUAACCUCGAAACCCGCCACAGAUCUUCUGACCACUGUAAUGGCCAAUCCAAACUCGUUUACAGAAAUUAAUUUUGAGGGAAUUGAUGUAGGUGAAGAUUUCAAGGGUCUCGCCAAAGCAUUACACGCAGUACAUAACAUCAACGUAUUCUACAGUCAACCGCCUUCAAAACGUGACGUUACCACAGAUGUUCUUACGAAAAACUUGAAACGAAUGUGUGAGUUCAUGGAAGAGGAGGAGAUAGAAGUAUAUGAUUUGUUCCCCGAUUAUGACGAAGAUGAGGAUGAUGACCAAUGUAUGAUCACUGUGAAAGAAGCCAUGUGUGCAUUAGAGUUUUGCGGAAAGAUCAAAAAUCAAGAAAAACUACAACGGCUCCGUAGUCAACUACGGUAUGGUAGGAGGAGAAAAUUUCAGCUAAGUGAACUUUGCUCGGUGUAUGAUAUAGUUAUUUGUGGGAAAGACCCUCUACGAGAGCAGCCAUUGAGGACUCAUCUUAGACGUUCAAUAAAGCAAGAAAGAAUAGAAUUAGAGAAAAGAGCCAACGCCAAGAAGAAACGCUCAAUUUUUGACUAGUGACUGUGAUUUAUUCAAUAAUGAAUCAAUGUACAAUGUAACUAAUUACACUUAUAAAAAGUGAGAAAACAAGACGAAAAGUAUUU